CUCAGGGUAGUUUGGAAUUCCGAGAAAUGGCAUGUUGGGGAGAGGAUGAGAUGAUCCACACUGACCCAAUGGAGUUCAUUAUCACCCUUCUCAUCCUCAGCCUUCAGGUGCUGUGCUCCCAGGGCUGUCUAGAAGGAUGUCGUUGUUACAGUACAACAGUCGAGUGUGGUUCUCUUGGUCUCACAGCUGUGCCGCCCAACAUUCCCGCUUUUACCCAGACACUAUUUUUACAAGAUAAUGACAUCACUCACAUCAGCCAGAGGGACUUUGGCCACCUCUCCCAACUCCAGAAUCUCUACAUUCAGAACAACAGCCUCAGCACUAUCGACCCUGGUGCUCUGUCCCGGCAACACUCGCUGGUUGAAUUAGCUCUGAACGGAAAUCGCAUUCAGCAUCUCAACCACAGCAUCUUCGAGGGGCUGGACCACCUCAGGGUCUUGUAUUUGGCAGGAAAUUACAUCAGCUGGUUAGCAAGCCUGACUUUCCGAGGACUCCAGACGCUUGGAGGGAACCAGUGGAGGUGUGACUGUGCGCUGCACUGGCUGCGGGCCUGGACGAUUGGGGAAGGUCAGCGGCGGUUGCUGCUGGGUAAGAAGAUGGUGUGUGCUGAGCCCCCUCGCUUGGCUGGACAAAGUCUGCUGCAGGUCCCGGGGAACAGCCUGGUCUGCAUCCCGCCAGCCGUGAGGCUGGACCGCAGCCAGGGACUGGUGAGCCGCUGGGGGGACGAGCUGAGGGUGAGCUGCCAGGCCACCGGUUACCCUCCACCGGCGGUGAGCUGGAGGAAGGUGAGCAAGGCUGGGCCUGGGCCUUCAGGCCUACUCUCCGGAGGAGGGACACUGACUCUCCGCAAUGUGACUGUCUGGCACGCCGGGAUCUAUGAGUGCGAGGCCCACAACCCAGGCGGGAGGGCCUCUGCGACCUUCGAGCUGCAGGUGAACCUGUCGUCAGGCCAAGGCCUGGGCCUCAGGAGCCAGGAGCCACCCUCACUGGGCAGUUCUCCCUACCAGAGGGCGGGGGCUGGCAGUAUGGAGUUCACCACCUUGGGCCCUGGCACCCAGGCCAGCAUCGCGGCUGGCAUCUCCCUGCUGACUUUGGUCGCCCUCCUGCUGCUGGCAGCCAUGAUCUGUCAGAGGAGAGCAGGCGAGUCGGGCCAGAGUGGGGAGGAGGGCGGCCUCUACCUCAACGAUUAUUCGGAUGGACCGACCACCUUCGCUCAGCUGGAGGAGUACCGCGAUGAAGCAGGCCGGGAAAUGCUGGUCCUCGACCGAAACAAGACAGACUUCUGCACCUACAAGGACACGGCUGCCCAGCCAGACCGGCAGCUCCACAUGUUGGGGCCUCUCCACCAGGUCCAGACUCAGGCCCAGGCCCAGACCCAGGUCCAGGCCCAAGCCUAUGCUCAGGCCCAGGCCCAAGCCCAGGCUCAGUUCCAAAGAGGCCCCGGGGAGUUGUUUGAGAACCUCAGCAGUGGGGCCUUCAAGCGGGAGAUCGAGUACGAGAUCCAUUGCUGAGAGACAGAGAGGGGGAUAGAGAGAAAGGGAGAGAGAGGGAGGGAGAGAGAGAGAGAGAGAGACAGAGGAAGUGAGUUUGGUGCUGGGAUGGAACAUUAUGGAUCAAUUCCCUGUUCCCCUUUCCUGACUGGAAUAAAGGUGAAAUAUUGCAGCCAUUGGAAAUCUACAACAAACACUGAAGUUGCUGCAGGAACUCAGCCGGUCUGGCAGCUUGUGUGGAGUUAACGUUUCGAUGUGACUCUGAGUGUACAGAGGAUUCAGGCAGACAAUACCCCACCCUCCCUGGUGCUGUAUUGAGGGGGCAAGUGCUGUACUGUCACAGAUGCUGUAUUUCGGAUGUGACACUGGAACGUGUGGGAUGUAAAAGAUGCCCCAGGGCACCAUUCCAUUGGAUGUAGGAGCAGCAGUAGGCCAUUCAGUCCAUCUAGUCCACUCCACCAUUCAAUGAGAUCGUGGCUGAUCUGAUAAUCCUCAACUUCACUCUCCUGUCAUUUCCCCGGUAUUUGAUUCCCUAACUGAUUAAAAUCUGUCUCAGCCUUGAACAUAAUUAAUAACCCAGCCUCGACAGCCCUCUAUGGUAAAGAAUUCCACAAAUAAUGGCAGGGAAACCCCCUUUCUCAGGGGCCCGGGUCAAUAGUUAGACCCCAAUCAAUAUAUUGAAGCCAGAGUGUUUUUGGGAGCUUGCUGUGCACAAGUUGGCUGACGUGGUACAUCAGUGACAACAUUUCUGAGGUACUCAAUUGGCUGUGAAAAGCAUCAAGGUGGCGAUAGGGGCUAUGUGGAUGCACGUCUUUUGUUGUUGUGUUGGGGGAAGUGUCAGUCAUCCCAUCAUCACAUUCCCCAUCAUCCGAAAGCACUCAAGUCACCUGCAGCUGGACGCAGGUGAGAGAGGGAAUGAGAAAAGGAGAAAGUAGCAGUAUGAAUGAGGAGAGAAUCGCAAGAGGUUACAGGUGAGAUGAUGAAAGAGAAAGAGUGUUCAAGAUAAUACAGGAGGUAGAAAAGCUGGGAAGCAGAGGUGAAAAUGUGGGAAUAAUGUGGAAAGUGUAAGACACAACCAGGGAGCGAGAGGAGAUUGUGAUAGUAAAAGAGAGCGAGAGAAUAAAUCAUAGAAUCCCUAAGUGUGGAAGCAAGUCAAGUCAGCCCACUGAGUCACAUCUACCCCCUGAAGAGUAUCCCACCCAGAUUCUUCCCCCAUCCUUAUAACUCUCAUGGCUAAUCUACCCACCCUGCAUAGCCCUGGGCACUCUGGGCAAUCUAGCAUGGCUAAUCCACUCUAACCUGCACAUCUUUGGACCGUGGGAGCAUCCAGAGGAAACCU